CACAGCAUAGACCACGUUACUUAGUACAAUGCCCCGACAGAAAGCACUUUUACUUUCUACCUGCCUGUUGGCAUUCGUUGCCAGUUUAACUCUGGCACUUCCACCCGGAGCACCAUGGACAAACUUUGUAUCCAAACCUGUUUAUUCGCGAGCUCUCGGACCUCCAGGAGGAAUAGACACGAUAUCCGUACCCUAUAUGCCAAAAUCUCCGUUCAUGCCAAAGUUCGUCGACCCGAAGGCAUUUAUUUCUAAAAAAACAGAUAUGCUGAGUAAUUUGUUCGGCGGUUUAGGACCAGUUGCGUAUAACAUGGCAGAUACCAAGCCGAUCAUACCAUAUGGCGCAAGUGGACUGUCUCUAGAUAACACUGAUAGUGCAAAUGCAUUAUUUAAUAAACGAGACAUACUACAAGAUGGUAAAGGAAAAAUGAUCGACAGUAGCGGUAUGUAUAAACGCGGUAUGUUUGGUCCGUUUGCCCCAAAGUUUGGCCCAAUGGGUUCGAUGGGUCCGAUGAGUCCAAUGGGUCCAAAAUUCGGACCUAUCACGCCGUUUUCAUCGCCAGAAAUGCUGCCCGAUUUUAUGGAUAAAGCAUCUUUCUCCCGUAGAAGAAGAAGCAUAGAAACGCCUUCUUCUGCAGACAGCAUUAAUACUAUUCCAGGCUCAUCAUCUUAUCCAAAGAUAGUAGAAAGUAUGUCGGCAACCAAACCAGCCGCUGAUGUACCAAAGGAAUACUUGCCAGGAAUGUUCGGACCUUUCGGGCCAGGUGGACCUUUUGGACCAGGCGGGCCUUUUGCACCAAAUUUCGGACCAAGUAGUUCUUUCGGGCCAGUGGUGGACCCGAGCGCAAUCAUCUCGAAGAAAUCAGAAUUUCUGGAUACGCUCUUCAAAAAUCUUGCCACUAGCACUCCGGCAACGACAACCGAAGUACCUGCGCCGAAAAGCACUAUUGUACCACCCAGCUUCUGGAUACCAUCUUCCGUAAUUCCUGGCCCAACCGAGUAUACCCAGAAGGUGUCGGACUUUCUGGACAAAUUAUUCGACAGUAUAAAUGUAACUGCGUCAGAAGCAAGCGAUGGUUUGGACACAAAAAGCGAUUUUAUGAGGUCUUUAAAACCUGAUGACAUUUCACCGGACAAAAUCACAAGAUCCUUGGAUGAUGCGUCGUCCAUCGCAGCCGCUAAAGAUGCAAUCGUUGAUACAAUACUAUCGGAGCUUGGUGAUUUAAAAGGCGAUAUGUUGGCGACUUUGAAUGAUCUAAUCGCGUAUGAGAAGGCUUCGGCAGCUGCCGCCGCUCCGAAGAAGUCUUUUAAACCUUUCUCUAGCAUAUUUCCCUUUGCGAAACCGACAAUAGAUCCAACGCUUCCAUUUCAGCAGAGAAUGACUGUACUCAGUCAAGUAUUCGAUAUGCUGACGGAAUUGCAAAGGAACAUCAGCGUGGUCGCGAAAAGCGCAAUAGCAACUAAUGCUAGUAUUCCGAAUAAUCCGGAAUUGCCGAAGGUCCCAUUAGCUAACGCUGCAGUUGCCGCUUCACCGAUUAACAGCACUCUCUUGAACGCCAUUCUGAAGAAAAUAUCCGCUAUGGAAAUUGCAACUCAGGCUCCCUAUUCGGCUUCUUAUCCAGCUUCUUAUCCAGCAAGUCCCGUCAAAGAAAAUCCUAUAAUGAGCAGAGCUUUGCCCAAAGGACCAACAUCUUUCUGGGUGUCUUAUCCAGAGAAUUCGGCGCCCGCUGUAAAACGACAAGUGGACGAUGAUUUGCUACCAUACUACGGAUAUGAAAACGAUAAGGAUCAGCGUGAUCAUAGACAAUACACGAGAGGCGUACAAAUGCAGAUGCAUCAAGGCUAUCAGAGUCUACCUGCAGGUUCGGUGGAAUCUGUACAAGCAGGAGGUGGUUCUACACCUGGGCAUCAAGGAGGAGGAAUCAAGUUGCUGGGACCUAACGCUUACGGAAACUCGAACAAAUGGGCUGACUGGAUGCAGUAUCAUGAGAAUGAUUAUCAAGAUCGUAGGCAGCAUCAUAACCACCAUUAGGCCACUCAGCCAGCAGGAGUAUUUCUUUCACUCUAUAUUACAAUCACAAUUAGUCUUCAAUAAGAAAUCUUUUAAAAAUAUUAUAAAACGUGUAAGUGAACGUGUACGAUAUUAAUCGAUUUUUCCCAAUAAAAUAUAUUUGGCGGAAGAAGAUAAAAAGGAAACGGCAAUGUUACAGAAUUAUUUAAAAUUAUCUGCGAUACAUAAUCGAGAUAUAUGUAGUACAAAGAAUGAAUCUAAAAUGCCGGAUUUAUUGUACCGUUCGUUUUUUCAUCAACCACAAUACACAGUACUUUUUCUAUGUAUAUGUACCGAAG